AUGGUCGACGGAGAAAAGAAAAUAUAUGCUCUCAUAGCGGAGGAUGACCGUGUCACUCAGAUGCGCCACCGUAUGCUCCUAAAACGGUUCAAAUGCGAAAGUCUAGUUGCAGGGAAUGGAAAGGAAGCAAUCGAUCUAUAUCGCUCGGGAGCUAGAUUUGAUGUUGUUCUUAUGGAUAUGGAGAUGCCUAUUAUGAAUGGACUCGAGGCAACAAAGGAACUACGAGCAAUGGGUUUUGAAGGCCUUAUUGUUGGUGUUACUUCUCGUGAUCUUGAAUUUGCAAAACAAGUAUUCAAUGAAGCCGGUGCAGAUUCUUGUUAUGAAAAGCCUCUAACAACCGAAUAUGUUACAUCCAUUCUUCAGAAACUAGACAAUAACUAG